AUGCGUUCUUCACUUAGACGUGUUUGGGGACAGCGUUUAAAAUGGAAAAGGUUGAGGGAUAAAUUAUUUCUGUCAUGGGUUGAAAGCAUAGCAGAGGCGGCUAAGAAAGGUGGUAGCGGACAGCAAGAGCUCUGUUGGGAUAGCUAUGAGAAGAUAAAGCAAAAAUUACAUCUCCAAGAGCUUCAGCUGGCUGCUGAGAAGAAAAAGGAAAAGGCAAAGGAGAGGGCAAAGAAAAGAGCAAUGACAGCAGAACAGUUUGAAAGAAAAACUUCAACAAAUGGACAAACUGCUGCUCGAGGGGACAUAGUCAUGUCGCGUAUCUCAGCUUUUGAGAAACUGGAUCUAGAGCUUAUAAAGAGAGAAAAAAUGCAGAAAGAAUUUUCAUUCGCAGACCAGAUCAGAGCUGCCAAAAACAAAAGAAUGGAAUUAACUAUGGAAGCCUCAUCCUCUGUUCAUGCAGCCACCAAGAAACCAGGGGAGUAUGCUUAA